UCUUCCGUCAUAAACAAAAUACCACCACAAGUGCUGGGAUUAAAGGCAUGCACCACCAUGCCUGACCAUCCAUGAUGAAUUAACCAGGACCCUUUUGAGUGUGUUGAUGCCACCUAUACUACCAUCAUUAUCUAUACAAGGCAAUGACUCUUCUAAAAUGUCACUAUGUGCAAUGGCAGGGUUAGAAAGUAGGCCUCAAAGAGAAGAAACAAAGUGAUUAACAUCAGACUGGUGUGAUUAGAAAGAUGGGUCUUGACCAAAAAAAAAGCAGGGAGGCACACUGGUAGAUACACUCCAUCCCACAAAGACUGUGUUAAAAAUACAUGCCAAAAAAAAAAACUGAAAACCUUGGAUGGUUACCCUCCAAAGGUCACUGUAAUGGCUGACACUUGAAAGAUGAGGUUAUUAAGAGAAUGUGAUGACACAAUAAAGGUCUCAGAACUCUGAAGCCUCCAAUAGUGUGCCAAGAGCUCACAGGUGAGUGUGAAGCCAGCCAUGAGUCUGGAAGGACACGUGAGGGGAACUGUGUUCUCGCUGGCCUAGCUGACUGCACCUUAUACCACAUUGCUGAUCACUGGCUCACUUGAAGACAGCACUGCAGAUUAUUACUUGGUUCCCAAUGGUCCUCUGUUUGACACAUAAUAAGUGAAGAAGUUUACUUCAGUUGUCACGUGUUUGCUGUCACCAUGCUGUUGCUCAGCAGAAGUGCUAACUGUCAAGUCGGAGGAUUUGCUUUGGUAUCCAUAGGAUGGAUCCUUUGCAGCAUCUCCACAGGCCUGCCUCAGUGGCGAGUGUGGUACUUGAAUGAAACCAUGUUAUCUGAGCCUUCCAUCGCCUUUAUAGGAAUGUGGAGAGUUUGCGUUUACAACCAAACCAUCAAGGCCGGCAAUGCCAAAGAGUGUCAUGAAUACACCUACCAUGACAGCUUUGUGCCUUGGAAUAUGCGUAUCAUUCAACACUUGUUACUGGCCUCCAACAUUUUCGGGUUAUUUGGGAUAGUUGCCACCAUUUUUGCUCUUCGGAAUGUGUACACAGGGAAAGUAACAAAGAAUGCCACCUACAAUCCGUUUGUCAUUUCUGCCUUUGUCAACAUCAUUGCCAGUACCUUCGUCCUCCUUGCUGUCUUAUGCAAUUAUUUCUCUGUCAUUCACAAAGUAGGAAUUUCCUUCCCCUCAUCUUUCCAUAUACCUUUAUAUCCACCUAAUCAGAGAACUGGAAUUGCUAAUGUACUGGCAAGUCUAGCUGCCCUCAUGUUUUUAGGCAGUGGCAUUAUUUUCCUUUCAUACGCUUCUCCUGUGGAAACCCAAGUAUAUCCUGACGUUUGAAAAUCUAGUUACAGUUUACAUCACCUUCCAAUUUCCGGGGAUUAUAGCAAGGGUUCUUUUGGUUUUGUUUACCCUUUGCUUUUAUAUACCGACCACAGCUUCCCUUCCUCUUCUCCUCCCAGUCCCUCCCUCCACCUCUCCUCUUCUCCCUCCCUCCUUUCCUCCCAGUCACUCCCACCCAAACUCAGGUCUUCAUCUUCCCCCUCCCAUCCCCUCCUGUUCCUCUGUUUCUCUUUAGAAAAGGGCAAGCCUUCCAUGGAUACCAACCAGCUAUGAUAUAUCAAGUUAUAGCAAGUAUUUUUAAGCCAUUUAUAUAAAUUUUCCAAGGACUGAAAAUCACACCCAAAUAGUCCAUGACAAAAAAGGGCCAAGUUGGCCUUCUAUUUUCUGUCUUGUUUCCUUAUUUCAUUGGUCGGACAAUGGACUUUUGCUAAAUAAAAUCUUGUUCACUCGC